AUGGUCACAGUCACAGGACACGCAGCUGCUUUAGAAACCGUGCGCUGCGAAGAGCUGCAACUGGAGCUGUCGUCGGCGCUGCGCGCGCGCGGCGGGCACGGCGGGCACGGCGCGUCCGGCGGCGGGGGGUGGGGCGCGCCGCAGUCGCAGCCCGCCUCCGAGAUCGAGCGCAUCAUGGCUAAGAUUGAGCAGGACAACCGCAUCCUGGCGGAAUUGGAGCACACUAGGUCUACAACACACGGUAUGCAGUCGAGCGGAUCGAACCAAGCCCUAGGAGAGUUCCAUUCGCCGACGCCAUCGCCAUUGCCACACUUGUACACGAGCACGUCGGGUCACGCCGCCAUCUGCCAGAGCAACACCAUGCCCACGCUGUCCACGCUCCACGCCACCGGCCAAUUCACGGCCCCCAGCUCCAACUCCGUCGCCUACUCCAUGAGCGCGCACAACCCCACCUCAUACUCCAACCCUGUCUCAGCAUAUUCCACCAACUCCUACCUUCCAAACACCCACCAAGUCACCUUCACCAACCCAGUUACCGCGCCGCUAGUUAAUAACAUUAGUCAAAUAUCAAGCACCCUCGCCGGGCUGCAGAGCAAUCUUCAGAACAUUACAGGGAAUGUGUCGGGCAUGAAUUUGGGAGGUGGUCUCACCGGUUCCGGACUAACUGGGACGCUCCCCGGAUCAGGCCUGACCAGUUGCUUGAACAACGUACAAACCAGCUUAUCUGGAGGCCUUACGAGUACCCUCAGUGGAAUACAGUCAAGCUUAACAGGUGCUCUCAAUCCUUUAUCUAACAUUACCGGUGCUACUCAACUUGGGACUUUGAACACCAGCCUGACGGGCACGAAUGCUUAUGGCACCGGAACCUAUACGAACCCCCUACUCUCAAGUGGCUUAGGAACAAAUGCAAUGAACAUAAAACUUAAACCUUUAGACGAAAUCGACCUCGGUAUAGGUAGAUAUGGAACUACUACGAGUGGAGUAGGCAGAGUGGCGACUCCCGUGACUCCGCACCAACCCUCAUGGAGUUUAGGUUUAGAUAGCCAAUUUGGACCUGAUAGAAUGGCUGGCAUGGAUUCAGGGUUCAGCCACGACCGAAACCAACGAGCUUUGUCUAGAAUUAUGCCCAAUUCUGGAUUAGAAAUGGAUGUCCGAAACACACAUUUCAUGAACGGUGCUGUAACCAAUGAGCCUCAAGUUGACAUGCUGGAUAUUCCUGGCAAGGGUCGUUGCUGUGUUUACAUUGCCCGAUUUUCAUACGAUCCACCGGAGAUCGAAAGUGCGGAAGGUGAACUAUCGAUAUGCGCCGGUGAUUACUUGCUAGUGUGGGGUCCACCAGAUCCUAAUGCAUCCAUGCUAGAUGCGGAGUUAUUAGAUGGCAGAAGAGGCUUAGUACCAGCUAAUUUCGUACAAAGAUUAGUCGGAGAUGAUCUUUUAGAAUUUCAUCAGACUUGUUCGCAGGCGGUGGUGACCACUCUGAGGGACGUCGAUGAGUCUGCCACGACCGCGGUCAGUGACCUCUCCCUCAGCCGUGACGUGGCACGCCUGAGCGAAGUGGCAGACAUCAGCGAAGGGCCCGAAGACGACGACAAUGUGCCUGCGCCGCGGCAGCUGACCCUGGAGCGGCAGUUGAACAAGUCCGUGCUCAUCGGCUGGACGGCGCCCGAGGGCGUCCAGCAGGCUAACAUCGAGAGCUACCACGUCUACGUCGACGGAGUCCUCAAAACGACCGUCAAGGCCACCGAGCGCACCCGCGCUCUGGUCGAAGGAGUCGACUCCAACAGACCACACCGCAUCAGCGUGCGCUCAGUGACCGCUUCCCGCCGUACGUCUCGCGACGCCGCUUGCACCAUGGUCAUUGGCCGAGACACCGCGAACAUGGGGCCUACGUGCGUGAGGGCCAGUGGAGUCACUUGUUCACAAGCUGUCAUUUCUUGGUUGCCCGCCAACUCGAACCAUCAGCAUGUCGUCUGUGUCAACAACGUUGAAGUUCGUACUGUGAAGCCAGGUGUGUACCGCCAUACUAUCACGGGGCUGUCACCUAGCACGCAGUACAGAGUAACAGUCCGAGCAAAACAUUUGAGAGCCGGCCCGCCUUCUGGAAUAACUAUAGAAGAAGCUCCAGGCGCUUACACGGACUUUAGAACCCUGCCCAAAGGCCUUCCCGAUCCACCGAACGAAAUCAUGGUGGAAGCGGGGCCCCAAGACGGCACUCUGCUCGUCACCUGGCAACCGGUGCUCCGCCCGCCGGCCUCUGGACCCGUCACUGGAUACGCAGUGUACGCGGACGGCAAGAAGGUGACCGACGUCGACUCCCCCACCGGGGACCACGCGCUCAUCGAUAUCGGGAAACUGAUCGGCCUCAAUCCUAAAUGUGUCACAGUUCGUACAAAAUCCCGGGACAGUCAGUCCAGUGACAGUGCUCCGACGCCUAUCCCUCCUGCGGUGCUCCGAGGGGUAGCUUCGAGGAUGCCCCGCGGCCCUGGGCCUGGGCCCAAUCAAGUUGGACCUGGUGUUUUCCGUGGCCCGCAGCAAAGGCCCCAACCGUACCAACAGCAUCAGCAAGUGAUAGAACACGAUGAAAAUUUAUCCGAUAAGGAGAUUUUCCCUACUGCUAAUCGUCACGACCAACACGCUGCUCAGCCCACGAGCGGAUUCGGCACAGGCCUCCUAAAGAGUAUAUUCGACAAAAUAACCCCUUCGCAAUCGGGAAUACCGGCCAUCGAAAUCACUAAAGAGGGCGCGACGGAGCUGGGUAGCGAGGACGAGGAGGCGACGCGCCGCCGCCCGCAGCAACCGUCCCAACCAGCGCAAGCGUCGCAGCAGCCAUUGGGUCCGCCGUACCCGAGUACACCAGCUUACCAUGGCACGCAGCAACCGCCCUAUCCACCGGGCGGCCCGUUCCCAAGUAGCCAGCAGCCGCCGUACCCCGGCCAGCCGCAGCAGUUCCAGAACCCGCCACCACGGAACCACCACGAAAGGGGGCGACCUCCUAACCCUCAUCAGCAGCAGGCGCAGCAGAGUAACCUCCAGUACGGGCCCCGGGGCGGCCCACCCCCAGGGCCCCGGGGCCCGCAGCCGGGUCAGCGCCACCCGCAGCAAGGCCACCCCCAGUCCAAGAGGAGUCGCUACUUCAUCGCGCUCUUUGACUAUGACCCAGCCACAAUGAGUCCCAAUCCCGAGAGCUGUGACGAAGAACUGCCGUUUAGUGAAGGAGACACUAUCAAGGUGUGGGGCGACAAAGACGCGGACGGCUUCUACUGGGGCGAAUGCCGCGGGCGGCGCGGCUACGUGCCUCACAACAUGGUGGUGGAGGUUUCGGAGCAGGAGAUGGCGGGCCAGGCGGCGGCCAAGCCCCGCGACCGCUGGACCGACGCCUACCAGAACCAGCCCGUCCGCAGGAUGGUGGCGCUCUACGACUACGACCCACAGGAACUGAGCCCCAACGUGGACGCUGAUAGACGGCACGUGUUGCAGGCGGAGCUGAGCUUCCAGACGGGGCAGAUCAUCCACGUUUAUGGAGAGAUGGACGACGACGGGUUCUUCAUGGCGGAGAUUGAUGGCGUGAGGGGGCUCGUGCCGAGCAACUUUCUCACUGAGGCGAACGACCAGUAUGCGCCGGGGCAGGCUGGCCAAGGCGCAAGCAUGGGAGGGCGGGGCGCGGGCGGUGUAGGGCCCGGCAGCGCAGGGCCGGGCGCAGGGCGCGGGCGCGGCGUGGCCCCGGGGCCCGGCGCGCGCGGGCCCCCGCCGCCGCCGCGGGACAACGUCGCCCCCGCGCCCCGUAACCACCACCGCAAAACAGAUGCCUGCCCUCUUCCCCCUUCUCAGUUAGACCACAACACAUGCGCCAGUAAUCCAGAACAGGCGAAUUCUCAGGCGAGGGCGAGAGGCGUGGCGAGCGCGCAGCCGGCGAGCACGAUCGCGCGCACGAGCGCUGGUAACGCGGGCACGCCCACGGUGCAGUCGCCGGGCACGGCCGCCGGCACGCCGCUGGCCACCACCGGCGUCACCGCCAGCGUGGCCGGCACCGCCGCCGUCACCGUCUCCCCGGCCCGCCGGCCCGGGCCCGCCGUCGUCCCCGCGCCCACUGCGCAGCCCCUCCAGCCCGCGCAGCCCCCCACUUCCCAGCCCAACCUCAUGCAGAAGUUCUCCGAGAUGACCGCCCCGGGCGGCGACAUCCUCAGCAAAGGCAAGGAGCUCAUUUUCAUGAAGUUCGGCCUCGGCGGCAAAUAA